CUCAAACUUGGCCGGAGUGUCAUCCUCUCCAUCACUCCAUCAACAAAAUCCUCUUGUGCUCGUAAGGCUGGACCUCGUCACGGACUUCAUUCCUUUGGACAUUGCAACAGUUGCUUCAAUCAAUAAUGUGACCAGAGAUCACAAGACUAUUCGUCUAGAAAGACCUAAUCUUCACUAAUCGCCCGUUGUUUGCUUCCUCAUCAAGCCACCCCCAGCGGGAUAACCACUACACAUUCAUGGCUGUGACAAACGAAUCACCACAUACAACUCGGGCGAAGCGCAAUAGAAGAUGUGGAUAUCCUACAUCUGCUAGUGGAUGUCUGACCUGCAAAAAGAGACACAUCAAAUGCGAUGAAGCAAAGCCCGUUUGUGGACAAUGUGCUAAGAGUAAGCGUCACUGCCGGGGUCCUCUCACUCUCGAAUAUCGCUUCGCGGCACCUCAGACAAGCGUUACUUUUGGGCCAAAGGCCCAAAAUCCCCGCCCUAGAUCUCAAAUAUCUCUGGCCAACGGCAAUGCCGAGGAAAACCGGGCGUUCGAUUAUUACCUUUCAAAUCUGGGCCCGAUGCUGGCUGGCGAAUGUAGCAAAGACGUCGACUUUUGGACCAAUUUGGUGCCACGCUGGUGCCUGUCCGACACUGUCCUGUGGACCGCACUUGUCUCCCUGAGUGACCUGCAUAGAACUCGGCCUACAGGUGCAGAUGGGUUUGCGCAUUUUCGAAACCUGUCAAACUACCAAUGGAGUCUGGAAAAUCAUGGCCGGGCCAUCAAAGAGUAUCGACAUCGGUUGAGCACCAAGACCAUCGACAUCCCGCGAGCUUUCCUGGGAUGUAUCUUGUUUGCGCUCUUCGAGUUCCAAAUGUGGAACAAUGAGAGUGCAUUGAUGCUAGUCAGAACGUCGGUCAAACUAUCACAACAAGUCCAAACUUGGCCCGAUGAUAUGGAUAUCAAGGAAGGCGUCUCCCGAUUCUUUGCGAAGCUGGCCUCCCUCGUUUCUCCAACCAACGCACUUCCAGAUCAUAUGCUCACCAAUGUCCGCGAAGACAGUGCCUUGAGACCUUCUCUCAUCGUCAGUAUGCCUCCUUCGAUGGAGAAAUUACGGAAGACCUUAUAUACUCUGGUGGACGCGGCUUCCCGGGUCCUUCAAGACACCUCGUCGGAGUGUUCACUAAAUACCCAGGAGAUAAAAGAUCUCAGAUCUCGACAGAGACAGAUUUUGGAAGAUCUUGACGAUUGGCAACGCACGAGGUUGGCAGUUCAGCGAAGCAACGCGUCCGACUUCUUAGACUACCUGUCCUCACUAUUGCUGGUGUAUUGCAAGGUGACAUAUAUCAAGCUGUCUGUCUGUAUGAGCGGCAAGGAAACCCGGUUUGACCGACAUACCGACGACUUCCGAGAGAUCAUCCAUCAUGGUGCGGCGACGAUUCACUACGCCCUAUCGGCCACGAUUAAACCACCUUCAAGUUUCGAAUUGAAUGUCGUUCCGGCCUUCUCUUUCGUGUCGCAAAAGUGUCGACAUCCUGGCAUAAGACGGAGAGCCAGGGACUUGAUGACCAAAUCUAGGGGUAUGACGUGCACUUGCAAUCCAUGGCUCAUUGACCUUGCGGAUGCAGCCAUUCAGAUUGAAGAAGACAGCAUCCGGCCUCAAAAUAGAGACAACGAAGACGACCACGGACAAGGUCUUGAUAUCGAGAUACCCGAACAGGGAAGGAUCAAACGCUGGCACGUUUCCAAAGUCCAGUCGCCUUCCUGGGAAACGAUACUCGUGGCGUCCUUCAUCCUAAACCCUUGCGAACGCGAGGACUCCUCUGUCCAAUGCGUGAGGGAAGUCACCGUGCAGCUUGAGAGCCACGAGACUCUGAAUGACGUGACGAUACACAUGGAAUGCUGCCCUUCGAUGAAAGUGCCUUGAAGUACGGUGACACCCUGGAACCCAAUCGGAUGUUAAAGAUGUGCUGCAAUUAGGGAAAUCUCAUUCGAUGCCUUUCUAGAGUGGUGGAGGACCUGCCAAAAAAAAAUUCAGCUAAUCAUAGCGUAUUUGCAUACUCCGGACGGAGCACUGCGAGGACAAUCAGCCUCUUCGCUUCGUACAAGGGGUUUGUUCCAUCCCGGAUGAGGGCAAGGCUGCGUGGCUUGGGGUCUAGACCCUCACCCGCACCAAUCGGGGAGCUUCCUUGCCCAUCCGGCAUCUCGGGUCCAAUGUACUUAGUACGAUGACCCUUUGAUGGACAUCCACAAAAUCUACUAGGAACUCUCUUUCUGGCC